UUUCAGAAGACUAGACUGAUCAGAAAGAGUAGAAAAGCAAGAUGAAUGAAAUUAAGCUUUCUGUCUUGGGUGGUGAAGGCACAGGCAAGUCUGCCCUUACAGUAAGAUUUCUUACUAAGCGAUUCAUUGGAGAAUAUGCUUCUAAUUUUGAGUCUAUCUAUAAUAAGCAUUUGUGUUUGGAAGGGAAGCAACUGAAUCUGGAAAUAUAUGACCCUUGUUCUCAAUUGCAGAAAGCAAAAUUCUCCCUCACAAGUGAACUUCACUGGGCAGAUGGGUUUGUUAUUGUGUAUGACAUCAGUGACAGAUCUUCAUUUGCUUUUGCAAAAGCACUUAUCUACAGAAUUCGGGAGCCACAAGCUAGUCAUUGUAAAAGAGUUGUGGAACCAGCAGUGCUUUUGGUUGGCAAUAAGCAAGACCUCUGCCAUGUACGCGAGGUUGGCUGGGAAGAAGGACAGAAGUUGGCACUGGAUAACCGAUGCCAAUUCUGUGAACUGUCUGCCGCAGAGCAGUCUCUGGAGGUAGAAAUGAUGUUCAUCAGAAUUAUCAAGGACAUUCUGACAAACUUCAAGCUCAAAGAAAAGAGAAGAUCCAGUGGAUCAAAGUCAAUGGCCAAAUUAAUCAAUAACGUAUUUGGAAAGAGAAGAAAAUCUGUUUAGCAACCACAUAAUCCUAAGGGAUUUAUUAUAUUAUAUCAGUUUCAAACAUUCACAUGAUAAUUAAAUCUACCUGUUUGCAAUUUUUGAAAAAGAAAUUUGUUAGUGAUAUGAAAUGAUUGAACAUGAACCAAACUGCAUUUUCAAAUGUGUAAUUUGAUUAAUUGUAGCUGGUUCAUGUUGCUUCACACAUAACCUUUCAUUUGUUGCACAAAAUAGGACUCACUGCAAUCUAUGGUGCCUUGCCAAGUAAACUCUGCUUAUGUAAUUUUAUUGUGCUACCAUCCCAUAGUCUGUGGUUUAACUUUAUUUUAUUUAGUUCUUUGAAAUAAAUGAACAAUUAUCUUCAUAGAGUUAAUAUAAGGUGUGAUUUAUCAAUUUGUGAAAGUUCCCCAUCUAUGUAAUAGGAAGUAUGAAUUUACUUUUGAAAUGUCUUUACAAUUAUGUAGUA